AAUAAUAGCUGUUAAUAAGUAUAUUCAAACUGAUAAUAAUUUUAAAAUGAAAGAGAUUGUUUUGAAUGAAGCUGCUAUUCUUAAAGAAAUUCUUUUUCAAUCUAAUUCUAAUAGUAGUAGUGAUGAAAGCAAUAUUGAAAUUGAAAAAAUUUUUUAUUCUGUUACCUUAGAGCAAUAUAAGUUGCUUAUACAAUAUGUAAAAUAA